CUAAAACACUGAAAGCCGCAUGAACUGAAACAAUUAAUAUGAAAUGAAUGCACUGACCUGGCAGUGAAAACUUUUGAAACCAAAGAAAUAAUUAAUUUUAACAGCAAUGGAAACAAAAAAUAAGGUAAAACGCAACAAUGAGCUUGAUUAACAUUUGCCGAUAGAACUCAUGUUGGACAUUGGAAAGCGGCGCUUUGCAAGCGUGCGCCACCGACAGGACUGUAGGACAGCUCAAAAGCCUGCAUUUUCUGCUUGAAACUGUAACAUCACCACAAGCUUCUCGGUUUUCUUUUAAGUACUAGUCAAAAUGCUUUCAAGAAAAUGCAACAAAGCUAGAUAUUCUACAGAUCCAAAUGGGAAACUUUGGGCUGACAAUCCGGACAAUUUUGGCAGGAAAAUGUUACAGAAAAUGGGUUGGGAGCCUGGGAAAGGUUUAGGGAAAAAUAAUAGCGGAAUCACUGCACCUAUAAAGGCUUCCACUCAAAAAGGCAAACGAGGACUAGGUUUAAAGUCAGAUUUCUCUUUGGGAAUCAGACAAAUUGAUGACUAUGCAAAUCUUUUACGGGCGUUAAACAAAUCAAACAGCAGUCCUGAUAAGACGAAUUCAAUUGGGGUAUGCUUAUCAACGAAGUCACGAAGAGGUAUGAAGAUGAUACGUGCUAAAGAUGCAUCAAAAUAUAAUGAAAAAGACCUAUCAGUUGUUUUGGGAUAUGCAAAAUCACAUGUGUCGGAGGAAAAGGUUUCAUCCAGUGCAUCUAUAAAUAACUCCGAUGCUCAGUUUAUCACGAUAACAAGUUCACUGUCUACAUCAGAAUACUUUGAAAAAGCCAAGAAACGUAAACAUCAAAGGCCAGGUAUUUUAAAACCAUUGGAUGUGAUAUCAGCUGUAACGCGUAAUGAUGUUCCACUAGUGAAUCAGUCAGGAAAACUAGAAACCUCGGAUUUACGUGUAAAUAAUUGUGACAAUCAGCUUGCUACCUCAGGGGAAAUCUGUGAAAACCAACAGCCAGAAGAUAGUGAGCUCCCUGAAAAGUUGUCAGUUGAAGAUGAAUAUAUCAAUCGGAAACCAAAAAUCGUCGAAACUAUAAACGCAGGGGAGAAUAUUAUUAACUCAGUAUUCAUUCAGUCCAACUUGCUAUCGAUUCCAGGAUAUUGUCAUUACUGAAUAUUUGUACAUACAAUUUGUGAUAAUUAUAACAGUGUAUUAUAUUCAUAUCUCACUACAUAACUGGGUUUAUAACGUGUUGUCCGCCAUCAUCAGGAUAAGUAGUUAAUCCGUUGUUAUCAUAACCAAAGAGUACAUUGUAGCAGUAUUCUGUUAGUCAAUGCCGUGUUUAGUUUCCUUCAAACUAUCAAAAAACCUUAACAAAACUAAUACUUGAAAAUGCCUUAAGGCUUAAUUGUCUCAAUACUUUUUCAUUGCUAGCCAGUUAUGCAUCACUGUAAGCAGUUUCUUGUAACAAAUCAACAGACUUUUAUAACAUCCAUUCUUUUUUAUGAAGUAUGUAACUCAAAUUUGUGUCCGUAGCAGGUGGGAAAGAAGCUCCCAAUACAAGUUUCGUACCUGUAAUAAACAACCAACAACAGGGCAUCACAAAUUUUAACUAACAUUAUUUUGUCUCAAUCAUUCAAACUCAGAAUUUGAGAGUUACUAUGACACUAGUUUGUAUGGACGCAAACUUUUCAGUUAAAAGAAAAUGAUCCUGUAGAUG